AUGGCGGCUGCCAAGUUUCCGAAGCUCGCUGCGGCGAUCGAGAAGAGGGGAUCAGCUUUGGAUGCCGAGGCCCUUCGAGCGCUUCUGGAUUCCCAGGCCAUGGUGAGGCUUUUCGAGGAGAACCCAGACUGUGUCCUCCCUGAGAGCGCUUGUCCAGGCCUCCUUCCCGGCUCUGUUCCAAAAGGCCUCGGGGCUUCCAAUCCCUUCGGGACGGCGCGGCUGAGGGAGAUGGCUCUGGCGCACUUCGAGGGCAGCGUGGUGAAGGCUAUUGAUGCUCACUACAUGACGGGUACCGAUGGUGCGGGCUGGACUGCCGAUGAAAGCCUGGCAUUGCGCCACUUUUUGGCUGCUUUGGAGUAUCCCUUGAACCCCGAGUAUGCGACUCCCUUGGAGAUCCUGAGAGCCUGGUCUCGGAAAGGAGGAGUAGUCGCUGUGGAGAACACUAUCUUGGGCGGCAGCUGGACCCCUGAAGGCUGGAAUGGCAUCCCAGACUGCCGCUUCAUUCCAGAUCCACAUCUUUCGCAGUCUGAGCUGGAAGCCCUGGAUCCCGACUCAGACCGGGGCCGCGCCUGCGCUCUCUGGGAGCUGAUGAUGCCUUGA